UGGGUUGAAGCGCACAGCUGGGUGGGCUAAGGGGCGGCGGCGGUCUGGGAGCCGGGGAAGUUUGGGCCACCGCUCGCAGUGCUGCGCUUCGAAGCCAGGCUCAAGCCCGGAGAAUCAGCGGGGCGGCGGACCGACUUACCGACGCCCUCGGGCCCGCUGCCACCGUCUCGCGUCCUCUUCCCUGGAAAAGUGUUUAAACUUUAAAAAUGUCAUCUAUCAAGCACCUAGUUUAUGCAGUUAUUCGUUUCUUACGGGAACAAAGUCAGAUGGAUGCUUAUACUUCAGAUGAGCAAGAGAGUUUGGAAGUUGCAAUUCAGUGCUUGGAGACAGUUUUUAAAAUCAGCGCAGAAGAUACACAUCUAGCAGUUUCACAGCCUUUGACAGAAAUGUUCACAAAUUCCUUCUGUAAGAAUGACAUUCUGCCUCUCUCAAACUCAGUGCCUGAAGAUGUGGGAAAAGCUGACCAAUUAAAAGAUGAAGGCAAUAACCACAUGAAAGAAGAAAAUUAUGCUGCUGCAGUGGAUUGUUACACACAGGCGAUAGAAUUGGAUCCAAAUAAUGCAGUUUAUUAUUGUAACAGGGCUGCUGCUCAGAGUAAAUUAGGUCACUACACAGAUGCAGUAAAGGAUUGUGAAAAAGCAAUAGCGAUUGAUUCAAAGUACAGCAAGGCCUAUGGGAGAAUGGGGCUGGCCCUCACUGCCAUGAAUAAAUUUGAAGAAGCAGUUACAAGUUAUCAGAAGGCAUUAGAUCUAGAUCCUGAAAAUGAUUCCUAUAAGUCAAAUCUGAAAAUAGCAGAACAGAAGUUAAGAGAGGUAUCUAGUCCUACAGGAACUGGAUUGAGUUUUGACAUGGCCAGCUUAAUAAAUAAUCCAGCCUUCAUUAGUAUGGCAGCAAGUUUAAUGCAGAAUCCUCAAGUUCAACAGCUAAUGUCAGGAAUGAUGACAAAUGCUAUUGGGGGACCUGCUGCUGGAGUUGGGGGCCUAACUGACCUGUCUAGCCUCAUCCAAGCGGGACAGCAGUUUGCUCAGCAGAUACAGCAGCAGAAUCCUGAACUUAUAGAGCAACUUAGAAAUCACAUCCGGAGCAGGUCAUUCAGCAGCAGUACUGAAGAACAUUCCUGACUUGACCAGGGGCCCUAGCCCAGAAUGCCAAUGGCGAUGGCUCUGAAGUGUUUGCUGUAGAUAGUGGCCAAAACAAAAACAAACCUAAAAAAUAAAUCUGUCUAGACAAUAGGUUUAUCACAAACAGACUUGAACAUAACAUGAUUCCUUCGUAAACGAGUGAUCAUCAGUAACCUUGUUAAGUGCCAGUACAGCACUUAACUGGACAGGGUUCCAUUUUCAGAUCUUCAUCAUAUUUGUAUACUAGAUUUAAUAGCAGAGUAUAUUUAUUGAACAGUAAGGCUGUUUACUGGUGAAUUCUCUAGCACCAAAUUCCUGUAGGCAAACUUUUUGAAAGGGGAGAUGACUAAGAGGAAAGGUUUCUCACGCUGAUUUAGGGGAAAUAUACUUGCCAGUGAGCAACAUCUCUAGAGAGAAGAAAUUCGUUACUGGGUUUAGCUUUGAUAGUGCAAUCAGUAAUGAAUAGAUGAUAUGAUAUGGACCAGUACUAUCUUUAAUGCUGCUUGUUCUGUUGGGUGAUGAAAUCUUAAGAGUUGGUGGAAAGCAGUAUUCAGUGUUGUUUAGAAAAGCAAAAAAUAGAUGCUGUGAAUGUAUAGAAAGUGAAUGUAGGGUGCUCAGGUUUUUUGCGUAGUUCUUAACUAAUCUUGCCUACAGUUUGGUAUUGAUAACAUUAGCAUGGCCACUUAUGCUAAGUACAUAAUAAAAUACAUUUAGAAACCCUUAA